AUGUUAAUAACACAUUGCAGCCAAGUGCUUGCCGCCAAACACUGCAAUGUCGAUUCUAUGACCAAUGGCAACAAGAAAUUUGCUAAACCAAUUUGCGGCUUAGCUCCAUCUGUUUGUCCUAAUUAUGCACGCUAUCGGUCAUAUGAUGGAUCAUGCAAUAAUCUGGACAAUCCGGGCUGGGGUACUCCACUGUCACCGUACGGUGAUUUGGUACAGAACAACUAUGACGACGGUGUAAAUUCAUGGCCCACUGCAUCGGAUGGUACGCCAUUACCAAAUGCUCGCAAGAUCAGUUUAAAAAUAUUCGAAUUUAAACACAAAGUCGAAAAAAAGUUCAACUUGAAUACACAACAAUGGGGUCAGAUAGUAACACACGAUAUGUCUUUGGCUGCGGGAGUUACAGAAACGAAUAUGAGCUCUCCCGUAUGUUGUAACUUGAACGGCCAAUUAGCUCCAGAUGUUAAUGUAAAUCCACUCUGUCAUCCUAUUGGUGUCCCAGAUAUGGACACAGUACAUAAAUCGAAAGGUUGGGAAUGUAUGAACUUUAUAAGAACGAUAUCUACCAAAGACAAAGGAUGCACGAAGCGCAAUGUACCAGCUAUUCCAUUAUCCGUAGUGACACCUUAUAUGGAUCUAUCCUUAACGUAUGGUAAUAGUGAGGCCCAAGCGAUUUCACUAAGAGAGGGCAAUAGAGGUCGCCUUUUGACUACGGUGCGAAACGGACAUGAGUGGCCUCCACAAGCGGACGACGCGAAAAAAGUUUGCCAUGCCCCAGACUCAUCCAACGAAACAUGUUACGGCUUAGGUGACUCAAGAGGCAAUCAGACUCCACAACUGACUGUAUUACACAUAAUACUUCUCAAAGAACACAACCGUGUGGCUGAUGAAUUAGCCGUGUUGAAUCCACAUUGGAAUGACGAGACCAUAUUUCAAGAGGCACGGCGAAUUUUAAUUGCCGAAAUGCAAUACAUAAACUACUACGAAUAUCUAAAAGUGCUUCUAGGUGAAAAUAACAUGAUUGAGAAAAAACUAAUUUACCCGAAUAUAGAUACAUACGUGAAUGAUUACGACUCCUCCGUGAAUCCGGCUGUCUAUAAAGAACACGCCUCGGCCGCUUUCAGGCAUUUCCACACGUUAAUUCGUGGAUAUUUGGAUCUGAUAACUGAGAACAGAGAACUAUCUUAUAGAAUACGUUUAAGUGACUGGUUUAAUAAGCCGUCUUUAAUUGAAAAAGGCAGCAACUUUGACGGUUUAACCCGUGGACUAACAUAUCAGCCAGCGGAUAAAAGCGACCAAUACUGGGAUUUAGAAAUUACUAGGUAUCUUUUUAGGGGCAACGGUUCAGUAGGGGGUGAUUUACGUGCCACUGACAUCCAACGUGGUCGUGAUCACGGCUUGGGCACGUACACACAGCUGCGUGAUUACUGCGAUUUGCCUGUCCCCAAAACCUUUAAAGAUUUAAAGGACUACAUGUCAAGUGAGAACGUGAAAACAUUGAAAUCACUGUACAAAUCAGUCGAGGACAUCGACCUUGUUGUGGGUGGAUCACUUGAAUUCCAUGCUCCAGGCGCUCUGGUUGGCCCAACUUUUCUUUGUAUAAUACUUGAACAGUUUCUUACAACUCGUAUUAGUGACCGAUACUUUUUUGAAAAUGGAAUCGACGAGGACAUAGCUUUCACUCUACAAACCCAUUGGUGCGUUGUGACGAGUUGCCGCGUG